AUGGACGUCGCCCUUUUCGCUUCAGAUGUGGAUCAGCUUUCGCAGCUGCUGGGUGAGUGUCACCUCCAUGAAGAGAGGGAUGCACUAAAGCAGGUGAUGAUGCCCAUCGCCAGCUAUGCAGGACAGCUCGCAUCAGGCCUGCAGGCGCCGUACGCAUCGACAGCAUCUUCUGGGCUGUAUGCCGAUGAGCUUUUGAGGCGGCUACAAGGCUGCCAAUCUUUAGAUGAGGGUCGCGCGACCUGCGCUGAAAUGAUGACUGCAUUCCACCAGGAUCAGCAUAGUCAGCAACUGCUGCGGCCGUGCGUGCCCGUGGCACCAGUCCCAUUGGAAACGCGACCUAUGGAUACAGCUCAAGCUGUACAACCUGCAGGUUUCGUGAAUGCAGAGCUCAUGGCUCGACUGCAAUCUCUCCAAGGUGCCAACCGAGUGAUAGUGCGCGCGCUGCGCAUCAUGUCGGAGCGCUUGCGGGAGCAAGGACAGCGCAGUCGCCAAGCAGAAGAAACAGUUGAACAGCUGAAGUCUGAGCUGCAGGCUCAGAGCGAACAGCUUCGUGCUUCAGAGAGGGCGAAGGCCCUUUUGCAGUCGCGCGUGGAAGUGCUGCUGCGUGAGGACUUUAUGCCGCAGGCACACAGCAACAGAAUUGAGACCGCACGGAAUGUGGUAGACCAUGCAGCUAAAGCUGGCAGCGGCGUCAUCAGCACUUGUUCUGCCACGCCAAGCCGUGGCCUAGCAAGGAUCAAGUGCAAUUCGAUGGCAAUGUUUGAUGCUCUGCAUGAUUCGGACAAUGAAGAGCUUGGCUGGUGCCUCGUUGAAGGUUUCAAGGUGGUUUUCGACAGAUCUCCAGAAGCUUCUCGACUUGGUGCCUAUCGCAAGGCUACUGUAAGACAAGCUAUCAAACAAGGCAUCUGCGCAGGCAGGGAUGAAGCUCAGUCCAACAGGAUUCAGGCCCAAAUGAUCCAUGAUCAGGCCUCGGCAGAAACGUUUUCACGCAGCUCGCUAGACAGCGCUUUUGUAGAUGUGAAGCCGGUGCGACGUCCGCUGACUGCAUCUGCAGCAGCAGCUCUGUUGUGCCUGGCGCGACAUAGUCGGGUCUUCACCAGCCCACUGCCACUGAGACCGCCAGCUUUGCCAAGAUUGCGAAGGACGGCAACAUGGUCCAGUGGCGGCCGCGAGAUGAACGAUGUCCUCCGCUCGGUGUCAGGGAAGGCGGUUGCUGAGCAGAAGGUUGCUGCAAGUGGUGUUGGAGCUGGGGCUGUCACCCCAGAGGAAGCAAUGCAGCGGCUUCUGCAGGCUGCAGGCCCUGGUGCAGGCUCUCCACCGCCAGAAGUAGUUGGGGCUGCGUUGAAAGCCACCAACGUUGCCCCAACCGCCGAGAAUGUUCGGCGAGCAUUAGAGAUGGCCCUUGGAGGCGCUGCUCCAACGGCUGCGCAAGUGGCAACGGCGAUGCGGACAGCCACUGACGGCCUGCCUGACGACUUCUUUGAAGCUCCGCCUGCAGGAGCUGAUGUUCCAGGUUCUAUUCCCAAGCCAACCACACCUGAGGAGGUCGUUGAAGUCUUGAAGAUGGCAGCAGGCCCUUCUGCAGGGCAACCUCCAGCCGACGUGGUGGGCACAGCCUUGAGAAGGGCAGGUCUAGAGAUCACAGCGGAGAACGUGCUGCGGGCCUUGAAGGCGGCAAACCCUGGUGCUGGUGAGCCCUCCUCGAAGGACUUGGGUGAUGCGCUGAAAGCUGCCAUGGCUGAACCAGGCCCUGCAGGCUACGGCGUGGGCCCCACGUCCUCGCAGCUGCCAGGGGCAAGUGCGCAGACUGGCGCGGGUGUGCCGCCCGCGGGUGUGCCGCCCGCGGGUGUGCCGCCCGCGGGUGUGCCACCGGUUGCGAUGCAAACGCCCGAGGAGGUCGUUCGGGCCUUAUUGCAAAUUGCUGGUGCUGACGCGGGCCAACCACCACCUGAAAUCCUGGGGACAGCUUUACAAGCUUCAGGUCUGCCAGUGACACGGGACAAUGUGUUGCGAGCGCUGCGUGCUGCUGGCGUGGGAGGUGGCUCCCCGACCGAGGAGGAUGUGCAGAAGUGCCUUGCGGGAGCACAGGCACCAGCAACUGCUCAGCCAGCUGCACCAGCAACACCCGAGGAGGUGAUUUUCGCAUUACGCAUGGCGGCUGGCCCUGGUGCUGGUACGCCACCUCCAGAAGUCGUAGGUGCAGCUUUGCAUCAGGCGAAGGUGCUUCAUGGACUCCGUGGGCUGAGAUCCAAAUUGUUUCUUGAGGACGAGGACAUUGUGAGUCUUAAUGCCUGUUUUUUGAAGAACCCGACAUACUUGAGGUAG